GCAAAACUUCAUAACAGAAUCAGCUGCUCGACCAUCAGCUUUGAUUCGACCCGUCAUCCGUAUCACGACACUCUGGAUAUAAAUUUUAAUAUUAAUUUGAUAUCUACCUAGGUAUUUUCUAAUACUGUGCAUUUGGUGUUUCGAUCAACAACAUUCAAUAAUUAUUAAUCUUUGAAUGGUCUUGAACUUAUUGCGUCAACUUGUGCUGAAGAUGCCAUUUUAUGCCGUUGCGAAAGGUCGAGCUGUUGGUGUUUAUUUGACGUGGCCUGAAUGUCAGCGACAAGUGUCUGGAUUUACGGGAGCAAAAUUCAAGAAAUUUCCAACAAGGCAACAGGCGGAGACAUUCAUUCGAGAAAAUGGGGGUAGCAUUUCCAGCUCUAGCUCUGACAGUGCAAGCAAUUCAUCCGUGGAUUCGCAACCCGUCAGUCCUCCGACGCAGUCCGUGCGAGUGUUGAUCGAUAACUAUGACGGCAUCAACGCGGCAUGUUCACGGAUCGAAAGUGUUAAGCGAGAGUUGGACGAGCUGAGAUCUAGGCCACAAACUGAUCCAGUCCCAAAUGAUGCUGAUGCGGCACCACCCACGAAGCGUAAGAAAACAGUUAAAGAUCCUAAACCGGUCACGAAGCUGGAAAAAUACGGCAAUUACAGCUUUCUACAGGACGAAGAUGGCUAUGUACACGUCUACACUGAUGGAUCGUGUGAGGGGAAUGGAACAGCAGCAGCGUGUGCCGGGUUGGGAGUGUAUUUCGGAGAGGGACAUGCUUUAAAUACAUCUCAACCUGUCAGUGGGCGAGCUACUAACAACUGUGGAGAAAUCCAAGCAGCAUCGUUGGCCAUCCGGUUAGCUAAAAAGCAUGGUAUUAAAAGACUGAUUAUUAAUACGGAUUCAAAAUUCCUUAUUGACUCCAUAACUAAAUGGAUGCCCAACUGGAAGCGAAAUCAAUGGAAGCUUUCAACCGGGAAGCCAGUCAAGAAUCAGGUUGAUUUUAUGGAGCUGGACAAGGAAUUGGCAGGGAAGGCAAUCGAUAUCAAAUGGAAUCACGUGGAUGCCCAUUGCGGCAUAUUGGGCAACGAACGGGCAGAUGCUUUGGCUCGUGAGGGAUCGGCAAUGUUCCGACGACAGAAAGCUUCACGUUGAUCUUCGUAAUGUUAUAACAAUGAGCGUAUUUGAUGUAUGAGAACAUCCACAAAGUUUCCAACAAGUGAAAAAAUACAAAAACGAGAAAGGCAAAAAAACAUUAGCACAGACAGCUAAUCGAAACAAAUUGACCUUUUUUUUUAAAUAAUAUACGUUAUUAUUUAAUAAAUAAAAAUACUUUAGGUGAUUUUUGAUUCAUGAA